AUGUCCGCCGAUGAACCAAUGAGCAAGCGACGCAGAGUCGACCACGAUCCCUCGGAAGACUUCCUCACGACCUUUCUUCCCACACCCAGCACAGAGCACCCAUCAGGAAUAAGCCUUGACGGAUUUCCCAUUGAUCCUUUCCUCUCCCCGGCUACGAGCUGGGGAUUCGACGAGCUCGCCCAUGAUCCGAAUUACUUAGCCUCGCAGGAGGAGCUGCGAUCCCUUCUGUUCAACACCGCUCGGUCUGCAGCGCCGACGCGGGCAGGGACGCCGCUGGAAGACGACGACGAGAAUGAAAACUCAACCAACGAAAACGACACGCACGACCCGAAUUUCAACACGAAGCAGGUCCUCGCCAAGGGGAGACGAGUCCAGUAUCUGAAGAACUACAUUUCCCAGGUCGCUCCAUGGCUCGACAUGUUCGACAGCACCCGCGUAUUCGGGAUCCAGCUCCCCGCGCUGGCGAAGAAGUCCCCGCCACUCAUGUACGCCAUCCUCGCCAUCGGGGCGCGCCAGCUCGAGCGGAGAGAGAAGAUCCAGUCUUCCUUCGACUCGCUGGAGUUGUACCAGGAGGCUAUUCGCCUCCUUACGCCGCUGCUGCAGGCUCGUGACCCGCAUGUGAUCGCGACCUGCGUCGUUCUGUGCUGCUUGGAGAUGUUUGCUGCGAGCGCUCAGGACUGGCGCCGCCAUCUUGAGGGCUGUGCGGCGGUUUUCGAUGCGUUUGGCGUGCACGGUUUCAGUGGCGAUGUGCUCCAGGCGGUUUUCUGGUGUUAUGCGCGCAUGGAUGUUUGCGGUGCACUUAUCUCGGAUGGCACAGAGAGCACUUUGCUCAAACCUUCUAGCUGGCUUCCCCCAGACACCCCUGAGGAGUAUGCGGAGACCCUCUUCCGCAGCCAGACGUCACCUGAUAUGUAUGCGAAUUUCGCGGUCUACCUGUGCGCAAAGGCGUGCGAGCUCAUUUCCGAUCGCAACAAGUUCGUCGAACUCGGCGAGGACAACGGAUGCAAUACACGCCAAUUUCAGAACCGAUGGACCCGACUGUGGGACCAGCUAUCGAACUGGGCUCUUUACCGACCUAAGGAGAUGUUGCCCGUAGAAAGUACAUCUUCGGUGCCCUUUCCGCAUAUAUUCUUCUCCCACUGGGCGGCCAUUUCUUCCAACCAACUAUAUCACACUGCUUGUGUGCUUCUUCUGGGUUCUCAUCCAAAAUCUAAGUCUAUUCCGCCCUCACCGACUACUUCUGUACUGUGGCACGCAAGGCGCAUUUGCGGCAUUUCUUUGGCGAAUCCCCAUGAGGGCUGCUUAAAUAACGCCAUUCAACCGCUUUGGAUUGCUGGCAGACUCCUGAGUCACACUUCCGAGCAGGCGUUGGUCGUCAAGACAAUUCGUCACAUUGAGGCGAUGACCGGAUGGACUGCGUGCUGGAGGAUUCGCGAUCUAGAGAACGUCUGGGGUUAUAAGGUUCGUGGGGAGGUUUGA